GUUUUUUACAUAUGCUGGCAAUUUCGAUAGUAUACUUAGCAAUAUCUUUAGGCUGCGUCCCAAAAUCCUGCGGACGACCAUGAUGUCAUUACGCUGGAAACCUGGGAACUAAACCCGCCUGCAAAGCUAUCGCAUCCUAACCGACCAAUGGAAGCGGAAAAAGUUAAGAAAGGCCAAAAGUUCGAGGGUUUGGAUGAUGUACAGAAGCAGAAAAUUGAAGAAAUAUCUCACAAAGUCAAUGUGCUGAGAGAAAUGGCAGGGGAAAAGGAAGCUGGCGAUCAGACUCUGAUUGGCAUGGGCGCUGUACUGGAUCAACAGCAUAGGCUGGUAGAGGAGCUGAAAAUGGUACAACUACAACUACAAACGCUUGGUGCACCUGGUACAGAGGAUAUUGCAAGUGGCAACAUCGAAGACAUAAUAAAGCCUAGAACGCCACCUUCAUCUGGUGCAACAGACAGCGGUAGCAGCCCAGACCAUGGCAGGGCAUUUGAAUCUUCUACGCAAGUCGUUUUGGAACAAUUAAUUAAGCGAUUACGCGAUCAAGAGAGCCAAGUCAUGAACAUAUUGAAUGGAAUAGGAAGAUUGGAAAACGGUAUCCGAUCGUUAGAGAAUCUUCAAGCUGAAAACACACUCAAAUUGUCAACACUGCUGUCGUCUCCGAAACAAGAUAACGCUAAAAAGGGGACUAGCUCGGUAACGACUUUCAUUGCCUACUUCUUCAUUGCUCAAAUUGUGGCAUUUGCAGCUGCUUUUGGAUAUUAUAAGUUCCGAGUCCAACAGAACCAAAAGAAAUUUAUGUAAAUUAAAAACAAGUUCCUUCCCAUAACAUGAAAGAAACAGAGUGAGA